AUGCACUCCAUAUACCCGCUCCUCGUCCUCCUUUGGUCGCUAUCGUGCACAUUUGCAGACCCCGCCCCACCUGUAUUCACACCGCCGCCAAAACCAUCCGGGCUGAUCUCCCCAGGGUCAGGGCCAGGCCUAAGGUCGCUAUCAUACACAUUUGCAGACCCCGCCCAACCUGGAUUCACACCGCCGCCAAAACCAGCCGGGCUGAACUCCCCAGGGUCAGGGUCAGGCCUAAAGCCUCUUCGACAGGCCAAGGACAUUUAUACUGUUGCUGUCAAAGGAGACAAGUACCUUGUGUACACGCCCUAUUUUGAAGGGAACACGGUGCCAGUUACAGUCUUAAUAUUCCCAACCGACAAGCCCGACCAAAUAAUUAUUCCUCUGGCCUUCAACGGCGGGGAAAAACCCCACACUGAUCGUAGCCCGCGGCUGCAUCUAUCCGAUAUAAUCCAAGCUGUAGCAAGCAAGCACGCACGGAAGUCACUUUCGUCCAUCGACUGGGUUAUUAUUAAGACUGUCGUAAACAAAAAGACGGAAGCUGUCCUCAUUAGCUACUAUGAGGAUUGGAAGAAACACCAAGCCAACCCAAAGGCCCAAUUACCAAAAAGGAUCACCGUCGACCAGUCUGAUAAGUUUUGGCCAACCUUUAAAAACACGCCAUUCUUUAAAGCCGUCGACUACACAUUCAAACCCAGCAAGAAGGCUGUGGUAUCCAUGGACGUUGGUCCGAAAUCGGGAGCGGACUUGUGGCUCCGAUUGGGACCCCUUAAGUAG